GCGGCGGUCAGCGGGGCGGGCGGCAGCAUGGGGCUCACGAUGGAGUGCCUCAGGGAGGCUAUGAAGUACAUGCUGGAGUCGCAGGGCUUCGACCGGGUGCUCCGCAAGAUGAAACUUCAAUCUGCAGCUCCUGGAAAAGUUGUUUGUGAAAUGAAAGUAGAGGAGGAGCAUACAAACAGAGGUGGCACAUUACAUGGAGGUUUGACAGCCACCCUUGUGGAUGUGGUGUCAACAGCAGCCUUGCUGUACACAGAGAGAGCAAUGCCUGGGGUCAGUGUGGACAUGAACAUCACAUAUACUUCUGCUGCUAAGAUUGGAGAAGAGAUACUGAUUACAGCUCAGAUUUUGAAGCAAGGAAAAAAUCUCGCAUUUGCCACCGUGGAUUUAACAAAUAAGGCUACAGGAAAGUUAAUUGCACAAGGCAGACAUACAAAGUUCAUAGGCAAUUAAUAUGAAAAAGUACUUUAAACAUUAAUGUUGGACCUCAGAAUCCUGUAUAGAUUUAUUUUCAUAAGAUGAUGCUUAUGCAGUAUCAUCUGCACGAAGUUGUGAUAGUCUCUAUCGAGUGAAUUUGUCUCACUUCUAUAAAAAAUGAACAGACUUCUUAAUUACCACCAGAAUUGCUACAAACCUGGGUUUGGGAUGAACAACAAGAGUGUGACAACCUAGGGAGGCACUUGUCUUUUUUUGGUCAAGAUAGCAGAAGGGAAGAGCCUUUGGACCAGCCAUAUGGUUAACCAGCAUGACAGCAUUUUAAGAGAUCUGCUUUCUCUACCUGUAGUGUCAUGUGACAAAGCAACCCUAUCUUCAGGCCUGUCACAGUCAAACUCACACACCACUAGAAGUGCUUACAAACUACUUGUUCCCCAAGAUGGUAGUACAGAGUUCCUAUAACAUCAUCCAGAACUGGUUUGAAAGUGUAAAGGAGGCUAACGCAAAAUGUAAUUUACUGAUGCUGUAACGAAUCAAU